AGUUCGAAAACCAUCGUCGCGGCACACGAACUGCUCCGCGCGACCUGUCCGCCGGUGAACGAUAAUAAUAAUAUUGAAAAUAAUAUAAUAUCGACAUACACACACAAGGAAACGACAAAAUAAUAUCGUUUUUUUUUUUCGUGCGUUUUUCCGCGUUAUUGUGCAGUUUUAUUUUCGUUUUCCGUAUAUUACACAGAAGUUUUAAAUAUUAAUUUUAUUUUUUUUUUCACGUUUUUUUGUUGUCGUUGUUUUAUUCGUUUUUGAUUUCGUCGCGUCCGCAGUUUACACACUCUUCUGUCGGUUCGUUCGUUUUCGAGAACGAGAAAAAAAAAAUCGUUAUCAUUUUUCUUUCGACGUCUGCGAUACACGAAGGUCGUAUGUACACAGCCUACAUGCUAGACGCUUUGGAUUCCGUCGUUUCGUCCGUAGCAUGGAAUUGUCCUCGGUGAAUUGUUCGCCCCGAGAUCAAAUCGUUCCCGACUCUUGUAACGGCAAUAAUUGGGCGAACGAACAGUUGGACUUUAAUUGGCAAAUGCAGUUUCUAAACACGUUACUCUAUGGAUGCGACAAACUGGAAGCGAAGGCAGAGGAGAAGCGGAUGGGCACCGGCAUGGAUCAUAAAUCUACUUGGUACUGCAACGCGGCGAACAAGACUCCCGACUUCGAUUCGAUGUUACAAGGUCUGAUGGUUAAAGACCAACAUGUCAUCAAGUCUAGAAACGAGCCGGUCUUGUGCGACUUCUUCGAGACAACCGGCAUGGGUGCGCGGACCGUGCAGGAUUCGAUCCUGCAGAAUGGCCAUCAUACUGAUGAAUCCCAAGAGCCUCCGUGGUUCGAGAUGAACGAGGUGGUGGACCCGCAAAUGUUCUCCACGCUCGACGACCAAUCGCUGCAGGUGACCCACGUCAAAGUCGAAGCACCGGAAGCCAACAGUCCCGAGUACCAGUCGGUAGCCAGCCCGGGGCUGUACACCCCGUCUUAUUUGCACGUGCACUAUCACCACCAUGAUCACCAUCACCAACAGCAUCACCACCACCACGGUUACUUCCCGCGCGUGGCACCCAUGACGCCUCCCAUUUCCGAACCGGGUUCGCCCGGUAAACGGCGGACGCCACCGCCACCGUAUCCCACACCUCGCUGCAACGCCAUCCAAAGGUCCAUGAAGUUCAACAGACGGAACAACCCGGACUUGGAAAGGAGGCGGACUCAUCAUUGCAAUUUCGGCGGUUGCAACAAAGGAUACACUAAAAGCUCUCACCUAAAAGCCCACCAAAGAAUACACACAGGCGAAAAACCGUACCGGUGCACGUGGUCGGCGUGCGAGUGGAGUUUCGCGCGGUCGGACGAGCUGACCAGACACUACCGGAAGCAUACGGGCGACAAACCGUUCCGGUGCGAGGUGUGCGAACGGUGUUUCGCCCGGUCCGAUCAUCUGGCGCUGCACAAGAAACGCCAUCAGCCCAAGAACGCGGCGGCGGUGGUGGCGGCGCAGCAUCAGCAGCUGAUGGACCAUCCGUCGUCCAAAGGCGGGGCCGCCGACCAACACCAGCAGAAGCAGCAGCACCAGCAGCUGAUGAUGUUGAACGGCGGCGGUAUGGUGCCCGGGCCAAAGGCCGGCGGCGAGUACGUCGUCGACGGUCAGCAGCCGGUCUGCAGGCAAAUGGUGCCGGCCUUGUGAUCGUCGCGCGCUCGCACGUGAUAAUUACAAUAUAAUAUAAUAUUAAUAUUUAUGUUAUCCGUGAUGAGAGGCUGCGCGGCAGUAGUCCGGACGAUCGGUAAAAAAAAAACCGCCGACGCGGAGAAGAAGAACGAUGGGGGAGGAGGGUGGGAUGGAGGAAUUUUUGUGAGUUUUUUCCGUUUAUGUAUAUUUUUUAUUUUUUCGUGGUAUUUCUGCACGGAAACAAGCGCCUGUUGCUGCUGUUGCACGGUUGACCCGUAGGAAUUCGGUCGUCGGUCGCCGCACAAUGACACCUUAACGAACGACUAUUGUGCGCUCUAGAGAAAAUAAUAAUAAUAGUAAUGAUAUAUCAUACAACUAUCGUGCAUAUUAUUAUUAUUAUUAUGUAUACACAUACGCGUGUGCGCCAUUCGAAAAUAGAAGGAAAAACAAAAAGAACGGUUAAGUGACGGACAAACGACCGCGACCUCGCCGCCAUUGCGGGUCAAACCGCGCAAGUAUCGCCGUCGUCGACGUGUGUAAUAUUAUCAUCGGUUCUCCUGUAAAGCAAACAUUGGACAGCGGCAACAAAUAACAAUAAUAAUACAAUACUGCAGUUUGUAGUAGCCCACACGCGCGCGCGCGGCGCAAACUCCUCGUACACUAUUAAUAAAUAAUAAUAAUAAUAAUAAUAAUGAUAAUAAUGUAUAUUAUACAAUAAUGAAAUCUAUCGUUUCUCGCCUUUUUUUUUUCCUCUCGUCUGUUAUUAUUAUUAUUUAUUUAUUAUCAUUAUUUUUUUAAUCGUCUGCGGUCGUGUGAUUAAUGAUCCGGUCGUGUCCCCGGGCUGCGUCGCGCGCACAAUACUAGGCUGAUUAACGGAAUGAUUGACCCGAUUCCCCGCAGAUCCCCCGAGGGGUCCCGCGCCUCCCCUCUCAUCGCCGACACUCGCCCCUUCAUUGUACUAUUUUUUUUUUUCGCGAUUCUUAGCCUAAAUUUCUUGACGACACCUGUGUAGAGUAUAAUAUUAUAUUAUUAUGCGUGUCGUCCGCCCAUACCGAUAAAACUGACUACAUCACUCACCGAUAUAUUAUUAUUAAAAUAAUAUAAUCGACGUGUAUGAUAUUGGUUACAGUGCCUACCCAAACGACACUUUUUUUUAUGUGUAUGAUGUUCACAGUCGGUAUUUCUCGAACGAGAAAAAUAAACUUUUCGGUUUUUUUUUUUUAGCGUUAAACGCACGCGAAGUCAUACGAAAAAAUUCAAUAUACCUUUGAAUUUUGUCAUAAUAUUAACUAAGCUAUAUCGCGACCAAUAUGUUCCAAUUUUUUUCUAUUUCACCGGAAAACCGAUAAACAUCGUAUGCUCGUGCGCCAGUGACCACCACCCGCCGGUUUAUCGUUUACCGGCAGUGUAUUUAAAAAAAAAUAUAUACUAGUAAUGUUAAUUUUAGAUUUACAAUUUUAAUUAAAUUUUAGAAUAUUAUACUUGUAAUAAUUAGAAUUACAAAUUUAAUGAUGUAAAUGUAUAUAAUAUAUAGUCUAUAGUGAAACACAUUUCCUCGUAUGUAUAUGAACAACAAUUAUUAUUACUAUUUUGUAAGAAUAGUGGGAUAAAAAAUGUAUGAUAUUUUUGUUAUUUUGUUAAAGUUUUUGUAAACACAACUCGUCCUAAUUAAUUAGAGAUGCAUAUAAAAAUGUUAACGUUUAAUAUUAUUUAUUUCAAACUCUCUUUUAAAUAUAUAUAUAUAUAUAUAUAUAUUUUGUCGUUUUAGUUUAAUGAUAUAAAUUUUAACUAAAUAGUUCAUUUAUACCAUACAUCUCGGAAAUCACUUAAUAAUUAUAGUUAUAUUGCACACACGACUUUAAUCGUUUUAUUCUUUUUCAUCGCGUUUAAUAGAAGAUAAACCAAAGAUUGCUUUCAAACAUUGUUGUAUUUUUGGUUUCACCACUGUAAAACUAUGUUAUAGAUCCGCUUUAUCAUUUCAUUAUUGUUUUAUUCAGAAAAUAAUUUAUAAAUAUAACAAUAUAAUAAUCCUAACCAUUUUGUCAUAAGCUUUCGAGCAUAAAAUCAAAAUAAUUUUUUGUUUAAAGCGAACAAAUCGCUUGAUCUCAUUAAAACCAAAACCAGUGAUAUAAUAAACGGAUUCAACCGAAUGUUUUGUACGUAUCAAUCAUAAUCAACUACCUUUAUAUUAUAAUAUAUAUAUUUUUUUUUUCGCGUUUUUAAUGUUGAUUUUUCACCGCAACCACAAUUUGCUUUUAAUCAUUUAAAUUUAUGUCAUAUAAUAUAAUAGGUAUACUUUAAUAAUAUUUAACAUUUUGCCAGUGACAUAGUGGAUUACAAACAUUAACGGCAUUACGUUUAGAAAUUGUACAAAAUACGAAUUUAAGUUGUCUAAAUUAUUUUGUUAGAAUUAAUUUUUUAUGAUCAUUAUUUGUUUUUUUUUUUUAAUUUGUUAAGAUACUG